AUGAUAAUUAUCGAUACGGAUGCCGGAUCGGAUGAUGGUGUCGCCAUAUUAAAUUUUUUAGGUGCUGAAGUAUGGACGGGAGGAGUGAAAACAAUUUUUAUAACGACAGUUUUUGGUAAUACGGACGUGGAUAAUGUUGGAAAAAACGUAUUGAAAAUAUUAAAAACAGCGAAUCGUUUGGAUAUUCCCAUUUACAAAGGUUUAAAUAAUUCAAUAUUAGGAACUUCCGUUAUGGAUAAAUAUUUUGGAGAAGAUGGAUUCGGAAAUGAAAUAAUUUACUUGAUAAACAUAAUAAUUUGA